GGAAAUAGAUAUCAAGCACAGCGGAAGUAGUGAAAAACAUUUUUCCUCGCUGAUUAUUUUUUUGGGGGUUCGGGUUGAAUUCAAACGAGUGUUUCUGUCUCAAACUGACCCGCUGCCACCGCGACGACGACGUCGAAACAUGGACAGAUAGUGCUCGUGAUAAUUCGAUUUACGGACGUGGUCCCUGUAGAAGAUAAUCCGUCAUCCUCAUCCGUGCCCGUCAGGAUUCUGUUCACACAGGUGCAGACCAAAACAGUUUUGCCUCCAGACUUCCUCCCAAAUUCUUCCUGUUGCCACCAGCAUGGCUAACAGCACCACGACAGCAGUGAAGGCCCUGACACCAGGCCCUCCUGGCAGAAGUAGUCCAGAGGGAUCUCAGGUGCUUAGUAAGAAGAAACUACAGGACCUGGUGAGAGAGAUUGAUCCGAAUGAGCAGCUGGAUGAGGACGUUGAGGAGAUGCUGCUACAAAUUGCAGAUGACUUUAUAGAGAGUGUAGUGACAGCGGCCUGUCAACUGGCACGUCAUCGUAAGUCCAACACCUUGGAGGUGAAGGAUGUUCAAUUACAUCUUGAGCGUCAGUGGAACAUGUGGAUUCCUGGUUAUGGCUCAGAUGAGAUCCGGCCGUUCAAGAAGGCGUGCACCACAGAGGCUCACAAACAGAGAAUGGCGCUGAUCCGCAAGACAACCAAAAAAUAGCAAGACUGUAUGCUAAUGUGUCGUACCCACUCUGUGUAUUGUUUUUUUUUUUUUUUUUUUUUUUUGGACUGAACAUGAAAGAGCUGGUUUGGGUGGGUGGGGGAUUAUCCUUUUUUUUUUUUUUUUGACAUUAGAUAGUGUUUCAUUGUCAUUGACUCCCUAACUUUUGAGUGUUUUGCCAGUGCUGUCACACAACAAUGUAAUUCUUGUCUCUGAUUCUGUUUGUUGCCAUUUAGCAAAGUCUGGCAGAACUCUAUUCAUUGCAUUUUUGUCAAUAAACAUUUACUGGAAUACUUCUUUUGGAUUUUGACCACUGCUGUAUCCAGUUUACCUUUUUGAUACUCUAGAGCAUUUUGAUAUUUGUUUGUUAUCUCGCCAAUAAUAGAUAAUCAUAACUGUUCAGUAUGUGAGAGAUUAUGGCUGCCCUGUUUACCCGCUCUACUCACAAUGCUUUUGAUUAUUUUUUUUCCUAAUGAAUAUAGUUUAUAAUACCAAAUUCCUACUGCUGAGGGUGGCCACAAAUGCAGUAAAUUGUUUCUCUGUUGUUAGACAUGUGCAUGGUGUUAUGUAUUGUUACUGAAUGCAGUAGGUUUUAUUACAUUAACACGUUUAUUUCAACCACCCUUGUAAAUGUUUUUACUUUUGACUAUUUCAGCAAAUUGCAUCCAAAAAACGUUCGAACAAUUGGUCCCCAGAUGUUGACUUUUCACGAUGUCGGAUUCAAAAAAAUAAAUAAAUGACUUGA